UUCAGUCGCGCGAUAUCAACACAGGUUCUUGUUUAUAUGUUGGAUAUAAUACGAACCGAAAAGACUAUCACCAAAAUUCAUUUGAAGAAAAAAAGUUUUUGGUUUCAUUUAUGUCAUUUGAUCAAUUGGUGAGAGGGAUACAAAAAAGCGAUUAUAACUCCAAAUGAACUUUUUUUUUCGUCUUCUAUUCUUCAUUUCAUUCACUUCAUAAAGACACAAUUAAAUAAGCAUUUUAAUAAUUUCAUUUUUCGCUGAACUAAUCAGUUUACAUUCAGAUACGAUGGAGGACGGUCGUGCGGUCGGUCGACAAUUCGAAUUAUAAAAAGUGUGGAUUUUUUGUUUGAUACUUUUUUAAUAUUUAUAUACUUAUGCAUCGAGGUGAUGUUUGGGUUAUCAUUAGAAAAUGUACAGUAAUGAAUAAAUAUUGAAUUGUUUGAAAUGUUUACACAGUGGGUUAACAGUUAAAACAGUUAACAGAUGGUGCAAAUAUAUAUAUAUUGUGUUGAGUAAAAUUGUUUUUCCAAUAAAAUGCAUGUUCAGUUCAUGUGGUAUAAAACGAAUUAAUUUUACAUUUUAUUAUUCAAAAAUAUAAGUGAGUUUUACGGUCAAUCCUCGCUGGAUAUUGCACUGUAAAGUGUAUUGUGUGUGAUAAGAGAGUCUUCGCAUUGAAGAAUAUUUAUACCGUGUUGUGUAAUAGUAAAAAAAAUUCUUUUGGAUAGCCGCAGCUGUGAGGUGCUCAACCAGCCGCAACGUAAAUAUUCAAGACACAAUAUCAGUCAUGCAAUAUGUCAGCCAUUCGAAGAGAACAACAAAAUACGUCGCCAGACUAUUGGCAAAAUUGCCAAGAUAUUCAAAAUUUAACCAGCGAUCGAGUUCAGUCACCCAGUUCGCCAGACAAAAAUAUUGAAUUUGUUUACUUGCCAAAGACAACGCAAUCACCAACGAUCGUUGGCGUUGCCAUUAAGCGUUCGUUGAAGGUAUCGGACGAGUCCGGCCUUGAACUUUUAGACAAGCUUCAGAAAACUGUGCUAAGUCAUUGCGCUCCAAUUGCUUCCACAAACGAAAUCAUUGAUGCAAAUGAUGAAUUCUUUGAGUGCAAUUCCAAUUACCACACCGAUGAAGAUAUUACCAUCAACAACGUAAAUAACAAUGAACCGAAUGCAGAUCAGCUACAACAUGAAGACGAAUUUAACUGUGAGAAUGAAAAUCGUUACGGUUGUGAUUCGCUGAAAAAUUUAUUUUGGAAUAAAUUGAUAGCAACGGAACGUAUUGCAGACGAUAUACACGACCGGACGAAUGUAAAAAACUUUGAAAAUAUCAUCAAUUUGUUGAACGAUGACAAUGAAAGUGGUGGCAACAUCGGUGGUGGUGGUGGUGGUGGUAGUGGUGGUCGUAUCAAAAUAAACAAUGGAAUUGAUGAUGGCGAAAGAAAAUGUAAUCGAGGCAAGAAUGUUGUUGAUAAACAAAAAAUGGCCGGAAGUAGUAAAGACAUUAUUGUUGUGCGACACGAAUGUGAAGUGACAAAUAAUAAUAUCAACGAUGAAAACCGUAAUUCAAGCCAUAGUGGUGCAGAUGGGGUCAUGGUACCGUUGGUGGUGGUUGGCAAUAGUGAGGAAUCAAUAGUUGGCAAUAGUCGUGACGUUGAACGGAACGUGUUUUGUGAACGUAUAGAACAACAAGACAAUGGAUGGUUGAAUUGUGAAAAUAGAUUUUCUGUGAAAAAUAGCGUGACGGUUGAUAGUGACGGUAAUUGUGCUAUUAAGGAAAUCGAUUGCGAUACUUUCAAUAAUGGAUGUCAUCAUGACAAAGAAAAUGCUCAUUCAUUCUACGAAGAAAAUGUAAUUAAGUCGACGUCAAUAGAACCAACAUCGAUCCACAGCUACGAUAACAGUCUGAUAAAUGCCACACCAUCUGAGCGUGAUGUAUCGCAGACACCAACUAGUCCAACACUGGGUCCCAAAGGCAAUGACUACGUAAAUCAUACUGAGUGCAAUAACGAAGUGUACUCAGAGCAAAUAAAUGUUUGCUUCAAGUGUAACAAUGUCUGCAAUAACAUUGAUAGUGCACAUAAUAUUGCCAACGACAUUCUAAACACCGAAACGGUCCAGUGCGCAUCCACGUCUCAUACAUCUGAACGAAAUGUAGAUGGUAACCUGAACCUUCUUUCAACUGACACGGCUACCAUCGUUCCACAUAACCCAUGCAUUGCAAUUUUAUGUGGCGCAUGUGCACAACAGGUCACCACCAACAAUACUUCGUACGAAAAUCGUCAACGGAAUAAAUCGAUUCAUUCACACGAACAAGUUGAAAAUAUUAGCCAGGACAUCGUCGUUAUUGGUGGCGAGACACAAUCGCGAGGUAACAGAGCAGACAGUUUGCGGACAGCAUUGAAGAUUGAUGUUGUCGAUGUGAUACCAGCGAUAGACAUUAAUCAGCUGAACCAAAUUAACGUUCAGGAUGAUGUUAAGUUGAAGAAUUUAAAAAAUCUGUGCCACUUUCUACAUCUACAAGGUCAAAAUAAACACCAAUUUGUGGAACAAGGUGUUCAAGUACCCUCAACACCCUCAAAGUGCAACGAAUCCAGUCCAAUAAAUUGCCAUCAAUCGAAAAAUGAUGGAAAUGAAACCAGCAAUAAGCAAUUUACAUUAAACGAAUUGUGUAGUGAUAGCAAAAGCAGCUGUAAAUCGGACCACAUUGAAUCAGCUUCAAACAGUGUCGAUAACAAUUGUGUUCGCAACGAAAGCUUCAUUAAGUGCUUAACGAGCCACUCGGACGAGUGUAAUAACCUUGUGUCGGUAGAAGAGUCAUUGUGUGAAAAAACAGAAGAAAAUCGAUUAGGUGCUUUGCAUUGUACCGAAAACAAUAAGAAAAAGGAUAUCAGUGAACAGUGUCAUAUAAGUGGCUCACAUGUAAAUAACGAUACAAAGCAUGAACAUCGACAGUGUUCGCCAAAUUGUGAAAAUUUCGAGGCCAGUAAUCGGUUAAGACGUCUGGAAAAUCGGUUCAAAGAUUUAGCAUUUACGAAAAAGUUACUACAACAUCGCGAAGACCCAUCUGUUGUCGAAAAUUGGUCUGAAAAAUCCACGUUACAUUGUUCGGUCACAGAUGAACAUCAUAGUACAUCGGAUACGGUACGUUGUGCGUCGUCUCAGCUAUUGAUCGAUCCACCAACAUCCACAAUAAUCUCCAAUUACGACCAUUCAUGCUGCAGAAGUUCCAUUAAAGAAGUUGAGUGGAAAGUUGGCAGAAACGAACAGCAAAGCAAAUACACACCACACCACCACCGUCGUCCGACUAACGGCAACGGGAAUGGUAUUGACACUUUUUCAUCUUGCGAUAAAUGUGGAGGAAAAAUACAACAGCGACUGAAACCACACACAACAUAUGAUAACAAUUUAGACGAUACUCAACAGCACCAUCAAAAGGAGUUGUUCAGCAUAUCACCGACAAAGGGACAAUUAUUGUCUGUUGACGAAAGCAAUUUCAAAAGCAACCCAUCAACGUGUAAAAAGGAUUUUUUAAAUGAAAACAGGAACGAUGAAUCCGAGCUAAAUGGGAAUGUGGUGGGUGAGCAAAUAAUUUCAGAUACGCUCGAGUCAACAGCCGAUUCAGAGGAAAUUUCGAAAUUAUUUUUUGAACAAGAUAUUAGUAAGAGUGAGAUUGAUGACGAUAAAAGUGAGAACAAUGUCACAUCUGCGACAAACAGUUUAAAAACAAUUUUGCAGGGUGGUGAUUUGCACACAAAUUGUGAAUUUGAUGUACGCCACUUACAAGACUAUUCAACCCAAUUAGGCCGUGUAUUCGAGUGUUACGAUGAAUUAGACUUUGAUUCAAACGAGGACGAUGAUUGCAGUUCGUCGUCGUGUGAUUGUUCUGUAGAACCAAUUGUGCCCUCGGUCGUAUCGUAUUCAACUAUGCGAGAGACAAUUGGACCGUUGCGGGGUUUGCUAAAAAAUCCGAAUCGGGCGGCACCGGUGCGGAAAAAUCGCGUUGUGUUUGAUGAGACUCGUAAUCAGUUUUUCGAUGCCGAUUACAUUAUUCUAAUUCGCGAAGAUUGCCAAUAUGACGAAGAGGACGAAGAGCCGUGUACGUGUGGUGAACAUGAGCUGGUACGGCUCUGCUGUGAAGAGAAUUGCCAAUGUACAGGCUACAGUGAGGAUAAUCGAACGCCACAGAGUCCCAAAUACGCUCCUCCAAUCGAAUUUGUUGAUCCAGCUGCAUUGAGUCCGCCCGAAGGAUACAAAGAUGGCGGAUCUCUGUCCAAUGCACUGGGUGGAGCGCUUGGUGGACAUGUGUUCGGUGCACAGCAUAUGCAACAGUUGCAGGUUAUUCAACGACUCCAGGCCCAACGAGCUGCUAUGCUGGCAGCAAGGGCGUCGAACGGACAACAAGGUCAGACUGCUCAGAAUGUAAAUAAUAGUGGACCAAUAGUGGACUCGAAUCCAAGUACUGUUUGUACCGAGUGUGCUGAAUGUGCGGAAUGUGCUGCUAAGCAGUUACAAGAUGAGGAAUGUGUUUCACCGUGCUCGGAUGAAAAUACAACGCUAGAGGUUCCCCACGUAGCUUUAGUGCCUAUUCAAACAAGUUCACCAGAACGACGAAUUACAUCACAAAAGGAAAUUAUUGCUGGAGAGGAACGACCAAAAUAUUUGCUCAUAAAACAGUUACAGGAAGCACAAGAAAAAAAAAAAAUUGAACCAAAAUGUGAAGAUGGAAUGGAAAAAAUCCGUUCGGCGGCGCAUCAAAAUCAAAGCUAUGUUGUUGAAACAAUCACAAUGACUACCGUAACAGAACGACGGAUCAUUCGAGAACGCGAAGCCAUCGAAAAUCGUACGGCCAGCGGUCAAACGACAACGGUGAACAAAGCUUGCAGCGAAACGGAGAAGACUGUGGAGGACAAUGAAAGCAACGGCGGCGUGAAAUCAACACUCGUGACUGCCAUUUUGCAGCCCUCUAUCGAACGAAGCACAUAUCUAAACAAUUCAUCGGAUGGGAAGUUAACAACAUCGGCACAAAUAGCAGGAAUUUUGAAGGGUGGCAAAUUGUGGAAGAGUGAGGUCACUCAGUGCGAAGAGUCAACAAACGUAACAUCAGACGACGAAGGAUCGAAGCGUUCUGUACGUUUCACCGAUAACACCAAAGAGGAUCUAGACGAACAUUUGCUCAACGGUCGAGAUGUGUGCGAUGGUCAAGCGCAAAAUGAUCAAAACGAAGACGACAGUCAGAGCAAUGAUGCGGCUCCAAUGAAAAAACAUUCCAGCCUCUAUCACAAUGCACUUCGGCCAAAUUCAGCUGUUCGACAGCUAUUUCCAACGACUGUUCAACAACAGCCAGCUGCUCCGUUAACGCACGAAGUUUUGCGUGCGUUUGAAGACUCGAAGAAGACCAUCAUGUCAACAGUUGUUCAUCCUAGCAGCGACUCUGAAACGGAUACGAUUCGUCGAACAAUUGAAAGAAACGCUCUGAGGCGCUCCUUGAUUAAAUACGAACCAAAGAAGAAAAUGCAACGGGCAGAAACCUCGUUAGAAGAACGAAUUCGGCGCUUAACAUGCGAUGUUGACGAGAACGUCAAUUCGGAAACUGACUCCGUUCAAGAUGGAUUCAAUUCGAACUCUUUGGAGAGACGAGACAGUCCCGCAGGUGAAGAAAAUCCUCAGCAGCCGAAAUACGACAAAAGUUUUUCGCCAAGUUCAUCGGCUAGUAGUUCUUCUAGCGGUUCCACAUCGGCGUAUCGGAAAAUUACUGACAUUUUCAACCGAGAUCGUCGUCAAGAGCGAAUCCCAGAAGCCGAUGAAAAUCCAAUUGUAAUCAUUCCACAGCAGUUACAAGAGUUGCCGUGUCGUUGUCCUGCUGCACCAGAUCUUGGUAUGGGUAUACAGAUGCCAGCCUCACAUACCCAAAUCCAUCAAACACCGCCACGCCAACAAGAAGCUAGGAGACAAUUCCUGUCAACGUUAGCACCAUUGACUUCCUGUGUUGCCGGACAACGGGACGAUCUGUCGUAUUACACACUUGCACCUGGCGACCGUACUUCAGCUGCCAGUUCUCAGUGUUCCGAAUAUAGUUUAGGUGACAUUGAAGCGGUCCUGCAACACAAUGACGAAGUUAAGAAAGUUGCGCCAGAUGUAAUUGCUGGUACACCAGGACAGGAACAGGACGAAUUAGCAGCAUUUGCACAACAAGAAGCUUUAAGAACUGAAAGACUUAAGAAACGAUAUAGUGCCGAAACGUCGGCCUCAGCGCCAAAUUCGAAUGCUGGUUCCGAUGAUGAUGAGCAAAAUGAUUACGGGUUCAAUAAGCGUCCAUCGGUUCGCGGUAUCAAACCCAGAUUUAGUUCCACCAACGAAAUAUUACAGCAAAUGCAAGCGCAAUUAUCGACUCCAACACACCCACAAACUCAGGUUCAACAACAAAUCGAACAUUCGAACACAUUACCAAAGACUCACAAUCACGCAAUGCAAUUAGCAGCAACACCAAAGAAUCAACCGACAGCACCAAAUCAGCAAAUCGCAACGUUACCUAACCAAACGACUCAUCAACAGCACAUCGCUGCGUGGAACUAUUUAAAUUAUAAUGAACAACACCAACGGCACGUCGGCGCUGCCGCCCACUUACCUGGUAAUCCCAACUCUAAUUACUAUCAUCAUUUGCCUAUCAAUAGCCGUCACAGCUUUGGCCAUGAAGAAGCCACCGUCUAUCAGAAUUGUCAGAGUCAAAGUGUUGCCGUGGGUCAACAUUACGGCACGUAUGCACGAAGUCCGACCAGAAGACCGGAAUCACCGCCUCCACUUCGCAAUUAUCAUCAAACAAUGGUGUUGAUUCCGUACAACACCGAAUCGUAUGCACAUUUCUCUACGAAUGAAGUUGCUGGUCAACCGUUCCAACGUCACAACGUACUUGAAUAUCAGCAGGUCACCCAGCAAACCAUUCGCGUUCCAAUGGGCUAUCCUCUUCCCGGUAUGCAAUUGCAUGUUGUUGCCGGACGAGGUAAUGCGAUUGGUGCUCAACAAUAUGCUCAGUAUGCGCGCCAUCAGGGAGCGCAACGUAACUAUGCCUACUUGCCCGAAAAGCCAGCAGUUAAGUUCACAGAACGUGGCGUUCCUGAAGGUGCGGCUAGCGUAACCCAAUCGGACGCGAACAACGGCUUAAUGUCUCCGACAUCAAGUAAUGCCCAAAGUUCACAAAAUGGUUUGCACAUCACAACACAAACCAGCACAACGACACAGCCUGGCGUCUUUUAUGCGAUGAAUGUUUGACCAAACGAAUAGGAAUUUAUUCAAUUUUCUACAUUUAAGUCAACUGCAUUCCAUUUUCGCUCAUAAGAUUUGAACUGUGAAAUUUACGUUGGACGUGACAGUAUUUUAACAUUUAGAGAUUUUUUCGGUCUGUUCGUUCCGUGGUCAAUGAUCAUUCACCGUGAUUCUUAUCAAGGAAUGUCUGAUCUGGAUGCUCAUAUGAUAAAUCAAUUUUUCGAGUCCAGAGUCUUGGGGACUUUUUUGUCAAAACAUAGGCAAUGUAUUGCUUAAUUUUGAAGUCUUGGAAGGUUGGGGGAAAUGGGGGAAGUGAAGUACACACAGGAAAAUAUCUCCUCUUCAAUGUAAAACAGUCACUCUCAAAGAACAUUGAAAAGAAAUGUUGAAAUAGUCCUAGUAUCACAAGACCUUUAGGUCGUCCAUCUCUUUGCCAUUUGGUAAAUUUCAGUUCGAGAAAAUAUUAGACCAAAUAUAUUGGACUGUAACUCGAUGCAACUCAUUCUUGUACUUCCUCCGCCUAAUUCACAAAGUUGUCAAUAUUGGUGUAUUAUGAACCGUUGCAAAACAGGCACAAUUAUAGGCCGUGUCUGUAUCUUAUAAUACCGAAAGAUAUGCAAUUAUAGGCCAGAGACAUUUAAGUUUAUCUACUGUCUUCACCAUAUUAAUGUCAGUGUACAGCUCAAACGGUCGUAAUUCUGAUCGGUAUUCUUGUGUAGCCAUAUUAUGUCCUGGUAGUUAUGCGUCAUUUGACGAAGUUAGAAUGAUUUGUUUCCAUAAAAAAAAUGAAAUUAACUACCGAUCCGACAGUCAAACCUUUCAUAAAGUUCCGCACAUCUUGGACUAAAUUGAAGUUUGACAAGGGGACACCCAAAGGGAGGCUCUAAUCCUAUUGAAUCAUUUCAAAGGCUCUCUACCUUUGAUCAUAAUAUAUUACACUCGCCAAACCAUGAAAGCACUGAAUAUCACGCGUCAAAAGUUAUCGGGAACCACACUUUUUUAGUUCUCUUUCAGCAGACCUUGCAAACAGGUCUAGGGAUCCAGGCGAUGUUUUCCUUAAUGGUGGAGUUUGUUUACGAAUAACAAUAACGAAUAACAGUCAAAGAGAGAAAUUUGAUAUGAAGGCGGAGCUUACUCUCAGUAUCAACGAGUAGUGUGAUGCACAUCGAACGAUCAACUGGUUCGGCUUUAUAUCGCGUAUUUUCGGUUUCGUUUUUAUUCUCAUUCUUCUUCUAUACAUUCAAGUUCAACCAUGACGGGUGUGCAUUAUAUUUGGUUUUGUUGUUUCGACCCAUUACAUAACUCGGGAUAAAAAUUAAAAGUCUCGUAUGUCUCGGUUUCGCCUCGGAUCAACAAACUUCACACGAAAACUCUACUUUCCAUCUUUUUCCUAGUUUUGCACAAAAUUAUUUAAGGGUGCACCAAAGCAACUUUUACUUUUUUUCCCGACGUAACGACGAUAUGUUUACAACAAAAGAACCCACACUCUGAUCUGUUGUGAGAAAAUAUCUCGUUAUGUGUUGUGAAAAAUUCAUUGAACUACAUGAAAAUAGAAAGUUGUUAAACUAGAAGACCAAAAUCGAUAAAUUGAUUUAUUUCUGAAGCAACGCAGGUCAUCAUCAUUUAUAUUAAUCCAAUCAUCUCGUUACGAAAUAAAUAAAAAUUAAUUGGACGGCAAUUACCAAAAAAAAAGAAUUAUAUUUAAUCAAACUUUAAGCAUUUAAAAAUAAAUUAAAUGGAAAACUUUGAAGAAGAGUAUAAAAAAUUGUAGACAAAGAAGAGUAUAGUUUAUGAGAUAAGGUAAACCGGUUAUUUUUAUAUUUCUCAUCAAUGUAAAUAAUUUCUUGAAUGGCUACUAAUAUUGUGGUUUGUAAAUUUAAAAACAUAACAAAAAAUAAAGAAAAAAAUAUUUUAAAAAAAUUAAAAAAAUUAUUGACAAAAAAAUUAUAUUUAUUACAAUGAAAUGAGUUACGAUUAUGAAUAAUAAUUAAAAAAAACUCCGACAGGGGGCCUAAAUGCGACGUGAAAAAAAUGGCAACAUUAAAAAAAUUAAUUUAAAGAAAUCACUUAGUGAUGUUACGUAAAAAAUUAUUUUAAAAAAAAUGGAAAACAAGGAAAUUAUUGUAAAACAAUUUCCAGAUUGUUGAUUGAAAAGUUUUUUCGAAUUAAAAAAAAAAGGUAAACCAUCAAGGUAAAUAUUAGGUAAAUAUGGGAACGUGGAUUUUAAAUGAAAAUUAUUAUAAAAUUUAUAAAAAGACAGAAAAAGAAAAUUAGAAAAAACAAACAGAGAAACAACAAACUAGAAAUCGAAACUUUAUUAACAUAUAAACAAACAUACAAAUAUAUGUCUUUGGUUAUUAUAAGAACCUACCCCAAAAUAAAAAUUUAAAAAAAAUUUAUGGAAAGGCAAACUAAUACAAAUAAUUUCCAAUAAAAAAGAAUUUAAGAAGAAAAAAAACAAAAAUUUAAUCGACUUAACAAGAAAGAAUAAUUGACAAAUACUAUAAACAAGAGGGUAUGAUAAAUAAUCAAAAACAUGUUUCUUUAUAGACUAAGUAAACAAAACAAAAAAAAAGUAUUAAAACAUGUUGGUCAGUA